GCUUGCACUUUCUUACCCGCGACCUCAUCCUUCGCAAGGCAAACUUUGAUGGAGAAUUUCACACCGCGCUGGAAAAAUGCCUGUUAUGAAAGGAUUACUGGCACCUCAGAACACCUUCCUGGACACCAUCGCCACUAGGUUUGACGGCACACAUAGUAACUUCAUCCUUGCAAAUGCUCAGGUGGCUAAAGGAUUCCCCAUAGUUUACUGUUCCGAUGGCUUCUGUGAGCUUUCUGGAUUUGCACGAACGGAAGUCAUGCAGAAGAGCUGCAGCUGUAAAUUUUUAUAUGGUGCUGAAACAAAUGAGAUGAUGAUUCUUCAAAUUGAAAAGUCGCUGGAAGAAAAGAUAGAAUUCAAAGGAGAAAUCAUGUUUUACAAAAAGAACGGGUAUUCAUUUUGGUGCCUAUUGGACAUUGUCCCUAUUAAGAAUGAGAAAGGCGAUGUAGUUCUGUUUCUAUCCUCUUUCAAAGAUAUAACGGAUACAAAAGUGAAGGUUUCUCUGGAAGAUAAAAAAGAAGAAAAAUUCAAAGGAAGAGGGAGAGCAGGAUCACAUUUUGAUUCAGCCCGCAGACGGAGUAGAGCAGUCCUUUAUCACAUCUCUGGACACCUACAAAGAAGAGAAAAGAACAAAUUAAAAAUUAAUAAUAAUGUUUUUGUAGAUAAACCAGCAUUUCCAGAAUACAAAGUUUCAGAUGCAAAAAAGUCGAAAUUCAUACUUUUGCAUUUUAGCACUUUCAAAGCUGGCUGGGACUGGCUUAUUUUAUUGGCAACGUUUUAUGUUGCCGUGACUGUACCUUACAAUGUUUGCUUUAUUGGCAAUGAUGAUCUAUCUACAACCCGAAGCACAACUGUCAGUGACAUUGCAGUGGAAAUUCUUUUUAUCAUAGCAGAUAUUAUUUUAAAUUUCCGAACAACGUACGUCAGCAAGUCUGGCCAAGUAAUAUUUGAAGCGAGAUCUAUUUGUAUCCACUAUGUGACUACCUGGUUCAUCAUUGAUUUAAUUGCUGCACUUCCUUUUGACCUGCUUUAUGCUUUUAAUGUCAAUGUGGUGUCCAUCGUUCACCUUCUCAAGACUGUACGAUUGCUGCGUCUUUUACGUCUUCUUCAGAAGUUGGAUCGCUAUUCCCAGCACAGCACUAUUGUUCUGACACUUCUUAUGUCUAUGUUUGCGUUGUUAGCUCAUUGGAUGGCUUGCAUUUGGUAUGUCAUUGGAAAGAAGGAGAUGGAGAAAAAACCAUUCACUUGGGACAUAGGUUGGCUUCAUGAACUAGGAAAACGUUUGGAGUCUCCCUACCUUGGCAAUAAUACAUCAGGAGGCCCAUCCCUCAGAAGUGCCUAUAUUGCUGCCCUGUACUUCACCCUCAGCAGCCUCACCAGCGUUGGGUUUGGUAACGUCUCAGCCAACACCGAUGCGGAAAAGAUUUUUUCCAUUUGCACAAUGCUGAUAGGGGCUUUGAUGCAUGCCUUGGUGUUUGGUAAUGUGACUGCUAUUAUUCAAAGGAUGUACUCCAGGUGGUCCCUUUAUCACACAAGAACCAAGGACCUGAAGGAUUUCAUAAGGGUCCAUCACCUACCACAGCAGUUAAAGCAAAGGAUGCUUGAAUAUUUCCAAACCACCUGGUCUGUCAAUAACGGAAUAGAUUCCAAUGAGCUAUUAAAGGACUUUCCUGAUGAGCUGCGCUCUGACAUCACCAUGCACUUGAACAAGGAGAUUCUGCAGCUGUCCCUUUUUGAGUGUGCCAGCCGCGGGUGCCUCAGGUCUCUGUCUCUGCAUAUCAAAACCUCCUUUUGUGCUCCUGGGGAGUACCUCCUCCGGCAGGGAGAUGCCUUGCAGGCUAUCUAUUUUGUGUGCUCAGGUUCCAUGGAAGUUCUAAAAGACAGCAUGGUGCUGGCAAUUCUAGGUAAAGGAGAUUUAAUUGGCGCAAAUCUCUCAAUUAAGGACCAAGUGAUUAAAACAAAUGCUGAUGUGAAAGCUCUAACCUACUGUGACCUCCAAUGUAUAAUUCUCAAAGGACUCUUUGAAGUGUUAGACCUUUACCCAGAAUAUGCUCACAAGUUUGUUGAAGAAAUUCAGCAUGAUCUCACAUAUAAUCUUCGGGAAGGCCAUGAAAGUGAUGUAAUCACAAGAUUAUCAAACAAGUCUGCAAUCUGUCAGGCAGACUCGAAAGGAAAUGGAAGCAUCAACAAGAGACUUCCCUCUAUUGUGGAAGAUGAGGAAGAAGAGGAGGAGAUGGUAGAAGAGGAGGCCGGUACUCUUUCUCCAGUCCAUACCAGAAGCACAACCUCCUCCUCCCAGCAGAAAAAGUCAGGAAGCAAUAAAAGCUAUCUUGGGAUAAACUUGAAACAGUUGGCCUCAGGAACUGUGCCCUUCCACUCACCUAUCCGAGUUUGCAGUGCAACCUCCUCUAGAACCAAGCAUGAAAUGGAACUGCAUUAUUACUCCAAAAGGAGAGAGAAGAACCUGAAGCUCCACCUUUCAUCCCUAAACAGCACUGGUCCCCCAGACCUCAGCCCCAGGAUCGUUGAUGGAACAGAAGAUGGAAACAAUAAUGAGGAAAGCCAGACAUUUGACUUUAGCUCUGAACAACUCAGGCAGGAUUCCAGAGCAUCUCCUACCAUCAGGGAGAAUGAAGUUGGCGCUGCUGUGCUAGUUAUCAAAGCGGAAGAAGCAAAGCAACAGAUCAACAGGCUUAAUAAUGAGGUCACUGCUUUGACUCAAGAGGUCUCUCAGUUAAGCAAGGACAUGAAGAAUGUGAUGCAUCUCUUGGAAAACCUGGUCGUGGCACAGAAGUCCCCGGAGUUUUGCGCCGUGCACGGCACAGCCGUGAGCCCCAACAUGGAAAGCUUACAGACUAGAAUGACUUGGCCUACACACCAGCCGUGUAUGCAUAUGCAGGUUCCGAAUGUCACCUGCACCAAAGCACAGCUCUGCCAUUCCAAUACGAUAGCCGGCAUCUGGAACAUGGAUGCAACCUCCGUAGGUAGUGGCCCGCAAAGGACUGAAUCCCACCUUCAAAAUUCUGCAGGUGGCGAAUUUUAUUAUACGUCGGGCCUUGAACAUUCCCCCUCCCACUACCACGUGAUCCAGAAAGAUCACCUGCAGUUUGUGAGUUGCACCUCACCGCGUUCGGACACCACUUUGACUCCUCUCCAGUCCAUUUCGGCAACUCUUUCCUCCUCCAUGUGCUCUUCGUCGGAUACGUCCUUGCACCUUGUGUUGCCCAGCAGGUCCGAGGAAGGCAGCUUUAGUCAGGGAGCGGUCAGUUCGCUAAGCCUCGAGAACCUGCCAGGCUCUUGGGACCUGGAAGGAACUACGGGGACAGCAGCAGCACAGACCUCAGAAGACUUUCCUCUGGAUGUCAUGAAAAGCACAGUGGAUAUUAAAGACAGCAAAGCCAUAAACGUAUAAUGGAAACGGUGACGUGAUAACACUUCAAGCAUGCUCCACAACUGCCAGCUUGUAAACUUGACUCAGUACUGCAUGACAUUUUUUUUUUGCCUUUUCCUCAGAUGCUCAUGGAAAUUUGCAAACACAAAAAUUGGCGACUCGUGCAAAGGCAAAGGUUUGACCAGCGCAUAUGCAGAGAGGUGAUUUCUAGAUUUAAGAAGCACAUUGAAAAAGCCUUUUCUACACAGAUUGUAGCUUAACUGGACUGCUCAACAGACUUUUGUGACACUCUGCAGCUCCUGAGGGACAAAGUAGCUGGACCACGAAGACUGAGGAGCCUUGGCACAGGAGGUCUUUGUUGUGUGGAGCAAAGGGUUUUCCACCCCCUUACUGCCUGAUUGUUGCCGCCAGACAAUAUCAGCUGCAUUGUUUGCUUCAGGUGAUCGAGGCUCCUGCUAGUAUUUAUGCCAGUGCUGCAAAGGCAAAGGGACAAUCACCACUGCAUGUCACCUCCUUGACAAUCAACCAAAUAGAGCUGGUAGAGAGUGGUUAAUUGUUGCACGCUCUUUGUUAUGUAAAUCAGACCUCUUUGUCAAAAAUACUAUUUUUCUAUACUUGGUAAGAAAUAUGUACUGAAAAUAUUUAUAAGGAGACUAAUCAGGAUUUUGUUUUUCCUUUUUUUGGGUAACAAUGCUUGCCAUUUUCAGA